AUGGCCCAGCAACUCUUUGACCAGGCAAAAGACCAGUUCCUAGCGUCCUUAUCGUCGAUUCCAUCCCUGUACAAUGCCCACUUCGAGACCUGUGGCUCUGGGGAUGAGCUGCUGCAGCGCAUUCAGGCCUUGCCGCAGCUCAAGAACAGGCUAAAGGGCGUCAGCGCAUCUACUCGUACCGUCAAGCGGCUGCAGUCCUACUUUAAAGCCAUUGAUGCAGUUGUACGGGUAGAUAAACUGCACAGCUCCACAGUUUGGGGAGGCAUUGAUCUGGCUUUUCAACUCGUCGCCAACUACACAACUUUUACCGACAGGUUCAUCUCAUCGCUCUACACCAUAUCAGCCGAAUUUCCCAUAUUUGAUCGAUUCUCCGAGUUGAUCCAACGUUCUAGCACCGUCGGAAGAGAGCAGCUAAAAGACUCACUCGUAAACCUCUACGUGGACUUGCUGGAAUUCUUGUUUGUCGUCAUCCGCAUAUUCUUCAAAGACGAUGGCCGACCAAAAGCCAAGCCGGCGCUUUUCGCCAAAAUAUUUUGGACACCAUUCGAAUCAAUCUUUGCUGAUACGCUUUCCAAAAUGCAGCACCACCACCUGAUUCUAGGCCAUGCGAUCCGAUUGGCAGAUUUCGAAAUGCUAGACGAUAUACAAAAACGACUUUAUAAACUUGAUAUUGAGAUAGAGGGUCGAGCAGUCGAGAAAUCUACUAGUCUCUACAAUGAGAGAAGCAGGGGAAAGGACGCCUUUGCUGGCCAUGGCAGCAAUAGAGGUAUAAUGUUUGAACUCUGGAAUCACCGUUCUUCCUCUGGCAUCUUUUGUUUUUCUUUCCCAUUUUUGAAGCUUGCUAACUAUUUUAUUCCCAUGAUAGACUACGCUAUCGACCAAAUACGCGCGUGGGUGAAUCCUCCUGACUUUGACACGGCUCUGAUUCGAGCUCGAAAUCUACAAGAGGAUGGCACAACUGCUUGGCUCCUGGGCAACGCCAUCUUUGAGCAGUGGAAGACUCCUUGUGAAGAUGUCAUGCAGCAAGUUGUUUCGGCUCAAAGUUUCUUCAGUGAAAAUACAUUUUGGUUGCAUGGCAAUCCCGGCCAUGGAAAGACAGUACUCGCCGGUUCAGUUGUCAGCAAUAUUUCGUCUUCCACACGUGACGCCUCUACGAAAGACCAGACUAUGUGCUAUUUCUUCUUCGAAUCGGCAAAGACAGACAUGAAUACAUCUUUGCAAGCUUACAGGGCGCUACUGGCCCAGAUCCUCCAGCAGCAUAAGCAGAGUGAUUCGAUUUUGGACAAAUAUUCAUAUCUAAAAGACUGCGCUUCACGCGGGCAGCGGACAGCGACGGAAGAGGAGCUCUUAGACCUCCUAAACUUCUGCUGCAGAUCGCUCAAGCGUGUCUUCAUCAUACUGGACGGACUUGAUGAGUGCGUCGAUCAUGGCGCUGUCAUCUCUGCAAUGCUAAAGUUAUCGGCCAUUCCAUCGGUGCGCCUGGCCUUUUUCAGCAGACCAAACGUGCCAUCUCUGCUCCGACUUGUUCCCACCGGGCGCAGAAUAUCAGUCAAAGGAAUGACAAUGGAUGACAUCCGUAUAUAUUUGUCAAACAGACUCUCCGAGCUUCUCGACGACGGUCUACUGCCCGAUACCACGGAUCUCAGUGAUCUCUCCGAGAAGCUUCUUCAAAGAGCCGCGGGAAUGUUUUUGUGGGCAAAGCUCAUGAUUUCAUACCUGUCAAGUCCUGCUCUCACCAUCAACGAGAGACUAGAAGCAUGUGAAGAUACCAACUUACCAGAAGGAUUGGAUGAAAUGUACGAGCAGAUUCUUGGACUCGUCAACAAAAGCACUCAGUCAUCAAGGAUGCUUGCUCGGCGGGUCAUCACUUGGAUCCUUUACGGCUUUCAACCACUAAACUCGGAAGAACUGCACGAAGCUCUCGUUGCAGGAACUAGCCGAAAGCGAGACACGUACAAUCGGUAUCAAAAUUUUGAGGACACAUUAGUCUUAUCGUGCGCGGGACUGGUUGACUUUGAAUACGGCUAUCCACGCCUAAUUCACCUGUCGCUUCGAGAAUACUUCAUGGGACAAAAAGCUGCUGAUCAGGCCUUUGUGGUCCAAACUAAAGGGCUGCGUUUCAUACCAUCUCCAUCAGAGGCACACAUGGAAUUAGCACUUGCAUGUAUACAAUAUUUGACUUACCAUUUACCGGCCCAGCCUCUGUCCGGAAAGGUUACAAGAGACGCGAGUAUCGUUGACAUCCAACGUACUUUUCCCUUUUGUGCAUACGCAUCGGUCUUUUGGAUUACACACGUCUACAACAUACACGCAGAUAACCACUCUCAGCAGAACACGGACUCCAUCUCUCCAGCAUACAACGCCUUAUUUGUCGUAAUCUCAUCUUUCAUAGCCCAGAAGCUAGUCCUGAUGACCUGGAUAGAAGCGUGCUACACCCACCAAAUGCCCCCUUUGGUAACGCUGCUACGAACCUGGACAAUGUAUUUGCGCCUGAACAAGACAGUCUUCAGAGGCGCUCCGGUGGAUGUGCAGGCAUUGAGCAGCGAUAUUGAGGAGUUUUGCAGUGACCUUGACAACCUCCGUUGGUGCUGGGGGUCAAAGCUGCUACAGAAUCCUGGAUGCGUCUGGGAAGAGGUUACAGCAUUCAAUCCAAGUCGAUUUCUACAGACUACAUCCGCCAUGGUCUACAAAGAGCUGCGGGCAUUUGAGAGUGUUUACAACGCUGUGUUUAUUCAGAAUGAUCGAAUAGCGGAUAUUGUGACGAGACUCUGCGCCGAAUGCGAUGGAUGGACUGCCACGUACGAAGUCUACCAAGUUGACGACGGCAGCCACAAACUCACAAUUCGCGAAAUGCUUCCGGCAGAUGAAGUCUUUUAUCAACUAGAGCAAUCACUGUGGCUACAAUGUAGAAAGCUAGUGAUACAGUUUCCGAUUUCCAUCAGCCAGGACGGAUAUGCCUUUAGCGUAUUACGAACCGUGUACAAUGUAUCGAUCGAGGGCGAGGAUGCAAAGCCCCAAGUCAUGUCGGUCACGAUUCCGCUAGACGGCUUUGAACAAUGGGUUUUUUCGAAAAGUAUAUACGAGCAAUCUAAAAGAGGCGGAUUCGGAGAUGGAUCUCUAAUGACAACAAGACGACAUAGAACGUCUUGUCACAACAUAUAUACGUACUGGACGUGUCUGAGCCCUGAUAACCGGUACAUUUGUUUUGUGGAUCAAGAAUGUGGGCAACCCAACACCGUUGCCAUCAUUUCUAUUGCAAUGGCCACCAAUGACCGAGAUUGUCGACUUGAGGCCUCGCCUGUAGCAAUACGAAAGAUGUGGCUACGGGUGCCGGACCCAAAUGACACGACCUGCACGCGCGCACUGUGGGACGAUCGGAAAGCCUUUGCCAUGGCUUUUCACCCGUACCAGGCCGAUCUUGUUAUUGGCUUUUAUGACGGCACGGGCCAUGGUGGUGGUGUUGUUGUCAACCUAUACAAUAAGAUUUGUAUAUGGGAUAUCGAAAGUACUGUGCCCUAA